AUGUCGAAGCCGUCGCAGGACUCCCACGGCGAGAUGAGGCGUGCAAUCCAACAGAGACCCAACGCCAAGUGUAUUGUCGUGGGUUUUGAUUUUGGAACAACGUACCGCUUGAGCGACGCCGAGAUCCGCACGGUUCGUGCCUGGCCGAGCUCCUACGGACCCGAUCGGGACGAGAGCAAGGUGCGCUCAGUGCUCAUCUACAAUUCCAAGCAAGAGCUCAUCAAAUGGGGCUACGAGGAGGCCGAGGGCGAUGAGAUCGUCUUGGAGUGGUUCAAGCUCGCCAUCGUGCGCGAGAAGGAUCUCCCCGAACACCUACGCAACUCCACCAAGCUCAAGGAGACCAGAGACAAGAUCAAGGAGCUAGGACUCACGCCGAAGGAGGUCAUAAGCCAGUACAUCCUCAAGAUCUGGGACCAUGCCAAGGGAGAGAUCAAGAAGACCCUCGGAGAGCGAGACUUCAACGCCAUGCCCAUCAGGGUCGUCUUCACAGUCCCCGCUAUCUGGGGAAACCGCCAAAUCAAGGACAUGGAGGAUGCUGCCUCGAUCAGCAUAAUUUCCGAGCGGGACGCGGGCAUGACGACCGUCCAGCACAUCUCUGAGCCCGAGGCAGCCGUGCAGGCCUACGCGCGCCAGCUGCAGGACAAGCUGCGCAAGGACGAGGCCGUGGUGGUACCGGACCUGGGCGGAGGGACAAACGAUGUCAUCUCCUACUUGAGGGUAGGCGACGGAGAUCAGUUCAAGGAAGCUACCCAUGGAGCUGGCGACAUUUACGGAGCGAUCCAAGCCGACGAGGCAUUCGAGAAGCUACUGAUCAGCAGGCUGCCGGCAAAACACCAAGACCUCAAUACCAAGAACCCGACCGCCUGGGCGAGGAUCAUGAAGGAGCAGUGGCAGCACAUCAUCAAGCGUAGCUUCGAGUACAAGGGCACCGGCCGCAUCUGGCCCGUCAUCCUCUCCAACGCCACCUCCGACGUGGACGUAGUCCACCUGCAUGAGAACGAGAUCCGCAAGGUCUUCGAGGACUCCGUCAUGCCGCACAUCAUCGGCCUCGUCAAGCAGCAGGUCAAGCAGGUGAAGAAGGCCAACAGCGGCAAGGCCCCCGUCGUCAUCCUGCCCGUCGGCGGCUUUGGACGGUGCCCGUACGUCCUCCAGCGGCUGCGUGAGGAGUUCGAGGGCGUCAGCAUCCCCGGGACGCGGGCCAAGAAGAGCGGCGACGGCGCGCGCAAGAAGCAGAAGCUGGACGACGACUCCCCCGCUAAGAAGAUCGAGGUGCACAGCGAGACGGGUGAGAUGCCGUGGACUUCUGUCUGCCGCGGCGCCUGCCUGUAUGGCCUGGGCGGGCAGAUGAACAUGUGCCUUGUGAAGAGCCGGUUGUCGAGGACUCAUGUGUGCUUCGUCAAGAAUGCAGUUGGUUCGGUGAAGGAGGGUGGCGUCUGGAACCCCAACUUUGGCCAGUACAUGAUCCCGGACAAGCUGCAGUAUCUGGUGAAGAAGGGCGAUCCGAUCGACACCACCGAGAAGGCACAGACGGGCAUGUUCUUCGCCUUUGACCUCGCGGAAAAGGGCAUGCAUUGUAAGGAAUCGGUCUUUUACGCAUACGAUGGCGACUCGGCCCCUGCGCGAUACAACCCUACCGAUGCCGCCUUUCGGGAGUACGGUGUGAUGAACAUCAAGGUCCCGAAGCCGAUCGAGAAGCUCCCAAUCGAGCGGCAGGACGACGGUAUGGAAAGACGGGUCUUCGAUUACAUGCUCCAAAAGGAGAUCGUCGGUGGCUCGGUCAAAGUCACCACCAUUGACCCUGCAACUGGGAAGGUGGUGGGAGAACUGGUCAUGGCUGACCUCGACAAUUUCUAG